CCAAAGACUCGACUGACUCACAACAAGGAGAGGAAGGGAGAGAGAGAAGGCGAGACCGAAAUCCAAACCCAAACCCUCGGCCAUGGGGUCGGCGGAGGCGCCGGCGCCGGUGGUCGACGCGGGGGAGCUGGAGAGGAGGGUGAUGGCGGCGGUGAAGGCGUCGGAGGCGCGCGGGGACCCGCCGCUGCUGCGGGCGGUGGAGGUGGCCCGCCUCGUCGCCGGGGAAGGGGAAGGGGGCGGGCUGGGGCUCCCCAGCGCGGAGCUCGCGGGGAUCCUCGUCUCCAACCUCUGCUUCGCGCACAACUCGCCCUCGCUGUGGAAGCUCGUCAGCCAGGCCAUGGCGUCCCGCCUCCUCUGCCCGCUCCACGUCCUCGCGCUCCUCACCGCCAGGGUUCUGCCGCAGCGGCGAGCCCACCCCAAGGCGUAUCGGCUGUACCUGGAGCUGUUGAAGGCCAACGUCACGUCCUCCUCGCUGUCCCUGCAGGCCGGGCCUAAUCGUGACAAGAUAACGAGAUCCAUCGAUGCCGCUUUGCAACUGUCGAAAAUCUAUGGGGUUAGCGGAAUAGACUUUGGCCAUGUCGUCAUUCUGUUUGUGUUGGUUGUUAUCACCAAACUGAUCGAUUGCGUGCUGGAGGAUUGCGGCUUUCCAUCUGGAAUGACAGAGGAGCAGGAUAGCGUAUAUUCCAUUGAAGGUCCACAGGGUAUGGACUUGGAUGUCGAAGGGGUCUCUAGUGCGCAGCAAAUUGAGCACCGUGAACAGCUGCGUCGAAAGAACACUGUCAUGGCUUUUGAAGUGGUGCAUAUGAUGGCUGCUGAUAGAAAGAUUCAAGCAUUUCUCCGUUUGAUAUGCCACAACAUGCCUGAUAAAUUCAGUGCUCUGAGCCAGAGGUUGACAUUGGUUGAAGUUCACAAAAUGACAUUGGAGAGACUAUUGGCUCCUAGUCAUAAAAUUGAUGAUUUGUUGAUGGAUAUCCGGAGAGUUAGCAAUGUAGAUUAUCAGCCAAACAACAAGCGGCUUGUGGGUGUUCUUGGUAACAUGAGAUCUAGCGGUUCCCUGCUGGGCCAGCUUACAGGAGCCGGAAGAGCUGCAUGCUGGAUUAUAUUUGAUAUUUACAUGGAAAAUGCAAUUGAUGGGAAACAUCUAAGUGGUAUAUCUGCUAUCGAGAUUCUAAAAGAAACGACCAAGACAGUCCAAGCAAUCAACGAGGCAAGUUGGCAGGAAACCUUUAAAGCUCUUUGGAUUUCUGCACUUCGUCUUGUACAACGGGCUAGAGAACCCCUUGAGGGUCCAAUUCCUCAUCUAGACGCGAGACUAUGCAUGCUAUUAGCUCUUAUUCCUCUAGCAAUCUCUGCAAUUCUUAAAGAAGAAACUGAUGCAUCUGGAGCUGAAGGAAACAAAAGCCUUCCACGAAGACUAGGACUUAUAUCUUCACUCCAGGAUUUGGUCCAAUAUUCUGGACUUCUUGUACCACCUUCGUCACUGGUAAACGUGGCAAAUGCUGCAGCUUCGAAGGCUGCUAUAUUUAUGGCUAAUUACAAGGCAGGUGGUGGCAACCCAAGCAUGAUUAGCCAGAGUGACUCUUCGACUAAAGCUGUUGGAAACAUGCUGCAUCUUAUAGUUGAAGCCUGUAUCUCAAGGAAUUUGAUCGAUACCUCUGCUUACUUGUGGUCUGGUUAUGUUGUAUCAUCGGGGCAUUUGAUGGAUACAGUUUUACCCCAGGAAUCCCCAUGGUUGAACUUUAUGCAAGGAGCUCCACUAUCUGACCCACUUAAGAAUGCUCUCAUCGCUACUCCUGCUUCAAGUCUUGCAGAACUGGAUAAACUGUACCACAUAGCAUUGAAUGGUUCAGAACAAGAAAAAUCAGCUGCAGCUAAAAUUCUGUGUGGUGAAACACUUGUUCGUGGUUGGAAUAUCCAGGAACAUGUUGUCCGCUUAGUGGUUAAGUUACUGUCGCCUCCUUUGCCCUCAGAUUCCUCAACACAAGGGAGCAUGAGCCACUACCUUAGCCAGAAGUCUACGUUGAAUGCAAUCUUACUUGGUGUUUCAUAUGUCGAUACAAUCCACAUCCUUUCUUUGUAUGGAAUGGUUCCAGAUGUUGCUGCAGCUUUAAUGCCACUCUGCGAAGCCUUUGGGUCAAUGUCACCCCCGUCUAACCACAGGUCUACCAUUUUUGAUGAAACAACGGUUUACUCAGUCUUCUCCUGUGCAUUUCUUUGUCUUCUCCGGUUGUGGAAAUUUUACAAACCCCCUCAAGAGUACUGUCUUGCUGGCCGCGGAGGCUCAGUAAGGUUGGAACUUACUCUGGACUAUUUGUUGUUAAUGCACAAUAGCCGUAUUGAGUUCCCAAAUUCAUCUGCUACUGGUACUAACUCAAGCAGCGAUGUGGAUUCAUUCAAUGAGGUUCCAACCCAACCAAUUUAUAUCGAUUCCUUCCCUAAGCUAAAGGCUUGGUACUUUCAGAAUCAAGCUUGCAUAGCCUCUCCCCUUUCUGGUCUUUGCAACAAAAAUCCGGUCCAUCAAGUUGCAAACAAAAUUUUGAGUAUGAUUUGCCGAAAAAUGAAUAAAAGCGGGGUAGUAUCUGGUAAUCUUUCAUCCACUUCUAGUAGCAGUGUCAGUGGUUCUUCUCUAAGUACAUCAGAUGAUUCCUAUCAAAGACCCAUAGUUCCUGCAUGGGAAUUUCUAGAAGCAGUUCCUUUCGUUCUUGAAGCUGUUCUUACAGCAUGUUCUCAUGGGAGGCUUUCCAGCCGGGACUUGACUACAAGUUUAAGGGAUCUAGUGGACUUCUUGCCAGCUUCUCUGGCUGCAAUUGUUAGCUACUUCUCAGCAGAAAUUACGCGAGGAAUAUGGAAAACUGUCUCUAUGAAUGGAACUGAAUGGCCAAGCCCUGGUACUGCCCUUCACUCCAUUGAAGCUGAAGUAAAGGACAUUCUUGCAUCUGCUGGUGUUCAGAUUCACAGCUGCUACCCACGUGGUGUUCCGCCAAUGCUUCCUUUACCAAUGGCUGCGCUUGUCAGCUUGACUAUUACGUUUAAGCUGGAUAAGAGUCUGGAAUAUAUUCAUGGGAUCAUUGGCCAGGCACUUGAGAACUGCGCAGGGGGCAGUUCCUGGCCAAGCAUGCCCAUCAUAGGGGCCUUAUGGACACAGAAAGUGCGAAGAUGGCAUGAUUUCAUUGUCCUCUCAUGUAUGCGUUCUCCGUUCGGCAGAGACAAAGAUGCGGUUGCACAGCUCAUCCAAAGUUGCUUCUCAUCCUUUCUGCUCUCCUCCCCGUCCAGCAGGUCUGAUAUUACUGCAAGCCGUGGAGUUGGAGCUUUAAUGGGAGAGUCAAUCACAGACCAAGGUCUGCAGCUUCCCAUGGCCCCUGGAUUCAUUUACCUGAGAACUUGUCGAACGUUCCAUGAUACCUACUUUGUCAGCGAGACGAUCCUCAAGCAAGUGAUUGAUUGUUCCCACAAACUUGCAAACGGAUGGUCUUCCAAUGGGCCUUCACAUUUAAAAUCAGGCCGAACGCCACUAUCUGGUGCUGCAUCCAUGGCGUAUCAGGUUGCUAUGCUUGGUGCCGGACUCCUGUGUAUUGCAGGGGGGCCUCUCGUGGUCCAGGUGCUGUACGAGGAGACCUUGCCGACGCUACUGCUAUCAGCUCGAAAACAGGUUUUGAAAGACCCUGGACCAGUGUCCAGCACACUCCAAGGUUAUGCCAUGGCCAACAUGCUCUUCUUUUGUGGCAGUCUACUCUGGGGUUCAGAAAAGACUUCUCCAGCUAUGAAAAUGUCUUUCCUGUCAAGGAGGCCACGAGUGGUGGGCACUCACAUGGAUUUUAUUGCCGGUGUGUUGGACGGGCACAUCUUGCUGGGCUGCGACCCAGGUACAUGGAAGGCAUAUGUUUCGUGCUUUGUAUUCCUGCUGGUGAAGUUUGUUCCGUCAUGGCUGCGGGACAUAAAACUCGACACGCUGAAGAAGAUUGCCGCUGGCCUUCGGAGUUGGCAUGAGCAUGAUCUCGCUCUAUCUCUACUUGAGCGAGGAGGACCACAGGCGAUCUCCAUCGUAGUGGAUACCUUGCUGCAAUGAUGUCGCCUUCCAGACUUUUGCCCCCCACCUAACAUAGAAGUCAUUGGAGUUUCAAGCCUGAAUUCUAGAUUAUUUUAAUCUUUUCGGGGAGCCUGAAUUCCAGUUGAGCUAGCCAUCAUGGUAGCUGUAUUGUCCUCGGUAGAAAUCUAAGUUCAUACGUAUAGUGUCAGAUUGUAUGGUCUCUUUGUAGGACUAGAAUAUAAAUGUGCGCAUUUGCCGUGUCUGAACAUCUUGAAAAAAGUGAGAAAUUUACUUGAGAAAACUGGACGGCAUAAAUGUAUGAGAAAUAUUGAAUUACAGUUCCUCAGUAUAGAUGGGGCAUAUUUGUUCGGAACUUUA